AUGACGGGUCGUCAUCGGAUGGCCUUCCUUCCGCCGCUGCUGCUCUGCGUUGCCCUCUUUUCUACCCUUCCCUCUUGUUCGCGGCUCUCGUCUGCUGCCCGCUCCCCUCUGCGCCCAGCCUUCCCUCUGUCUGCCGUGCCGCGUCUCUCCACGGCUUUCGUGCUUCCUUGUUUCUCCGCUUCUCCGCUCACGCGCGGUUUCCCCUGCAGCCCUGGUGCGUGGCGAGGCCCUCCUUCGUCCUGCGUCCUGUCUUCGACCAGAUGGCGGGGGCGACAAGAACGGGCGCUGCGGCGCUUCGCCGCGAGCCAGCGUGACCAAAAAAUCGUGUGGAACUCGCAUCCCGUUCUCCCUCUCCUUCCUCUCGCUGAACCGCGCGAACGCCGAUCGCGCCUUGGGAUGGCGGACGCUGAAGCGACAGGCGCUGUGGCCUCGGCGGCGGCUGCGCAGCUCGAUCUGCCGUCCUUUUUCCUCCGACGCCGCGUCCUCUUCUUGCUAGCGCCCCUGACAGACGCCCUCGCGGCGUCUCUCUGCGCGCAGCUGCUGCUCCUUGCAGGCGCGGCGCCGAGUGCGCUGAGUGUCGCGGAGCGUGGACAGUUUGCAUCGUGCCGUUGCGGUGACGCCUUUCGCAGCGGCGGGCAGGCGAUAUGCGACGCAGAAUCCACGCCAUUCCUCGCCUCGAUCUUUCCGCAAUCCCCUCGCUUGCACGGGCCCCAGCGCCCUGCGUCGUUGGCGUCGAACAGGGGAGAGGAGCGACGCGAAGAAGGCGAAAAUGUGCUCGCAAGGCCUCCCGUGGAGCUGCUAGUCAACUGCCCAGGCGGAUCCGUGACUGGAGCGUUGGCGCUUUUAGAUCUCUUUCAGACGCUGCCGUAUGAAGUUCACACGACGUGCCUGGGGCAGGCCGCCGGUGUCGCAGCUCUGCUUCUCGCGGCGGGCACUCCAGGGCGCCGCCGAGCUUUCCCCUUGGCGCGGAUUUCUCUGAGGCAAAUUGAAGGCCGCCUCGAGGGCCAAGCGGAAGAGAUCGAGCAGGAGACCGCGGAGGUCGACGCCGUGCAGCGUCUGUCGUACAGACGCCUCGCCGCAUUUUGCAACAGGCGCCCGCCGCGAGGAACAGAGGAGGGAGAUAAGGACGCAACGGGAGAGGAAACUCGUGAAGGCAUCGACAAGGAGGAAGAAGCCGGUUUCUCGAGUGAUGUGAGGCUUCAGAUGGCUGGCGGGGGGGAGCGGACUGCAUGCGCCAGAGGGCACCGCGCAGACGCGCCGCCAGGCGAUGCGAUGAGAGAAAUGACGAGGGGAAAGACAGAAAGCGACAUUCAGCGAGAUUGUGAAAACGGGAUGUUCCUGAGCGCGCACGAAGCGGUGCGCUAUGGUCUUAUAGAUGAAGUUAUCUCUCCCUCUCGCUACAGAGAGUUGCGUGAAUACGGAGACCGCGCCGAAUGA